AUGUUUUCAGUUUUUCGUCGCCGUGCUGCUUCAACUUCACGAACGGAUGUAAGUGCUAAGGAAAAUUCAAAUAAUGGACCUGUGACUUCGAAAUCAAAUACUGAAAAUCAUGUUUUCAUUACACCAACAUUAUCAACAAAUGGUAAUGGAUUGAAACAUCGUACAUUAUCUGGUAUUUCAUUAACAUCUACAUCAUCAUCAUUAACAACUUCACCAUUAUUGAAUGUAACUCGUCAACAAGAAAAACAUGAAUUACAAACACUUAAUGAUCGGUUAGCAGUAAUCAUCGAUACUGUCCGACGUCUUGAACAAGAUAAUGAAAAAUUACGAAGUAUUGUUAAAACAAAUGCUCAAUCAUUUGAAACUGAAACAUCAAAAGUUAAAACAUUGUAUGAGAAUGAAUUAGAUGAUGCUAAAAAAUUAAUUGAAGAAUUAGCCCAUGAAAAAUCACGUCUUGAAAUUGAACUUGAAAAAUAUCGUAGUGAAAAUACAGAUUUACAAACAAAAUUUUCUCGUAUUGAUCGUGAUUCACGUGGAUAUGAAUCUCGUUUUAAACAAUAUGAAAAUGAAAUAGCUGAAUUAAAAGCACGUUGUGAUAAAAUUACAUAUGAUAUAACACGUAGAACUGAAGAAAAUGAAUCACUUGAAAAUUUUAAUGAUGAGCUUGAAAAACAAAUAUCAGCUUUAAAACGUCAACUUGAAUCUGAAACUUUAUUACGUAUUGAUCUUGAAAAUAAAAAUAAAACAUUACGUGAAGAAUUAGAAUUUAAUGAACAAGUGCAUAAAACACAUAUUCAACAAAUAAAAGAACAACAAACCUAUGACAUUAUGCAUAGUGAUGGUUUAAGAGAACAAUAUGAUGAUAAACUCUUACAAGAAUUACAACAAUUACGUGCACAAAAUGAUCAAGAAAUGAGUUUAUUAAGAGAAGAAAUUGCUACACAAUAUGAGAAAAAGAUUGAUGAUUUAUACAAUACUAAUCGUCGUUAUGUCGAACAAAUUAAUAAUUAUCGUGUUGAUUUAUCAUCUUAUCGUGAACGAAUUGAAGAAACAACGAAAGCUCGUGAUGUAUGUAAUGAAAAAAUGCUACAAUUAGAUAAACGUUGCCGUGAGUUGGAAGAUCGUGCUUAUCUUGCACAACAACAACAACAUGAAUCAUUAAAUGAACGUGAUGAUGAAAUACAAAAUCUUAAACAGAUUAUUGAACAAAUGCAAAUUGAUUAUCAAAAUUUACUUGAUACUAAAAUUGGACUUGAUCGAGAAAUUUCAACAUAUAGAAAACUACUUGAUUCCGAAGAAGAACGAUUACAUAUUGGAAAUCGAACAGAAUCUGAAGUUGUUGUAAAUGGCAAUGCAACACCAAUGAUGAAUGAUGGAUGUAAACCAAUAGCAACACCAAGUUCAACACAACGACUACGUGUUAAACGACCACGUCUUGAAGUUGAUGAUGAUAAUAUUAUUGUUGCAAAUGGUAAUGGACAUUAG